UGAAUCUGUUAUCAAGUCUUGCUCAAGCUCCUCCACAAAAUGAAGAUGAACUUAAUUAUAAACAGGAUAAAGAAACCCUUAUCCAGCUCAAAACAGAUGCAAAGAAGAAUAUUAAAUAGCUUCGAGUCUGAGGUUUUGAGCAAGCCAUCUGGAAGAAAUACAGGCACCCUUGUUUCAAAAAUAGAGCAAACUUUAUCAGAUAUGAUUAUGAUUAUCUACAGAAACCGUUGAUUUCAAGACUCAUACAUUGAAAUUUUCUUUAUGCUAUUUACUAAAACGAUGAUUUUAGAAUCAAUCAGGUUCAAAUAAAAAGCAUUUAUACAGAUCAGCAUUAACAGCUUUGGACUCUGUACAACCUCUAACUCCAAAAUUCCUGAACUCAAAGAAGCCAGACACCAUCCAUUACCUCACUAAGAUGUACCUGAUCUAUCAAUCACUUCAUUUCUCCCUCCAGGAGUACGAUAAAGCCUUGAGCUUUGGAAGAAAAGGUCUUGAAAUGGCUUCUAAAGAGCUAAGCCUCCGCUUCAAAAAGAAAUAGAGAAGAUGGAUACAACAACAAAGCUAAAAUGUAUAAAGUCCAAAGAAUGUUCGAAACAAUAGCCCUACUCUUCUACGACAUGUCAUUUAUCUUUGAAGGGCUUAAAGACUUCCAUAGAAUGGAAACAUGACUUAUUAAUGGCCGAUGGUUCGCAGACCACUUUCUAAAGGACAAGAAUGAUAUCAAAAAGUCCAUCUGAUUCAUCCUCAAGAUGUGCCAAGACAAAUAUUCAAGCAAUAUCAUUGUAGAGAAGCAAAAAUAAACGGUUGGAGAAGAAGAAUCAUGAUGGUACCGAAAUCAAGAAUUUUUCUAGAGCUGCUUCUUUGAGAAAAUAGCAUAUCCAACGAAUCUAAGAAUGAAUAUUAUCCUCGAAGCAAAGGCCCACAAAAGGGGAGAGAGCCAUCAAAAUUCUUCAUGAACUCUUUAAAAGCAGUUAGCUCGUCUUCCACUAAUUUCUCUCCCAAACAAAGACCAAAGAGCGCUAGGUUUGGAAAGGUGGCCAAAGAUUCAGACAAAACUAUAAAACUCAUGCAUAUUUUUCAAGAAAAUAGGAUGAAUGAGUCUGGAAAUGAAUUAAUCAAAUCAAUGAUGAAUAAUUCCCUUUACAGCAUUGGAGCUAUAACCCAUAAUUUUGAAAACGCUUCAAGGAAUACUAAGUUUAAACCUUCAAAAUUUGCACAUACUGAGGUUAGCGCUCAUCUGAUGAUGGCAAGGAAAUAGCUCAGUAUUUUCAGAUAAAUCUCCUAAAGCACCAAAAAGGUCAAACAGCAAACCUAUCAGCAAGAAGACUAAUGUCUUAAUCCCUCCAGAUGUGUUGAUCAGAUCUAAAAUAUGAGAAACUCUAAAAAUAGACGAGAAGCAGCUUACCACUUCUAGAAUAAAAGUUGGUGUUGAAUCCCAAGAAGCUUCCAAAUAAAUUCAUGAGAUAUGCUCAUAAAUAUCACAAAGAGUUAGCCUUCUUAAAGGACGAUCUUAGGCAAAGAAAGAAAGAGUCAAUGCUUGAGCAUUACAAUCCUGCUCUAAAGCGGGUACUAUCCCAACCUGCCACUAAGAUAAAUCCUGCAGGGUAUACUAAAGAGCGAAGGACUGAGAAUAAUUCAACUUCAGCCAGAGCAACCCACAAAGAGCACCUAAAAUUAUCAAAAGAAAUUAAGCAAUGUAGUCUUUACCACAAGAAAAAGGCAGAGUAUGAUCUCUUAGUCAAGAAGAGGAAGAACAUGCUUAAAGAAAUGGAUAAAACCAGGAAAGCUAAGAAGGCCAAACUAAUUAACAUGGCUAAAAUUAAGAAAAACCCUGUGAGAGAUGUCAAAUUCAACCAGAUCUAUAACCAAGUCAUUGAGCAGUAUCCUACCUUGGAGAAAAACUAUCUAGAUGGAAAGAAGGAGGAAGUUGAGCGGAGAAAGAUGAUCUCUAAAGCUGAUGACAUUAAGAAAACGAAAAAUGAUGAGUUCCACGAAAUGAUUAUGGACCUCCAAAAAGAGAUAGCCUUUAUGCAGCCAUCUGGUCAUACAAGUAGACUAAAGACUUUACAUUCUUACAAAAAGAAGCGUUUUACUUCUAAAUCUCCCUAA